AUGGGAAGACCGCCAAGGAAACAACAAAAGAUUCAGUCGCAAAGUGAAACUUCUGCUUCUUCCACGUAUGAAAAAUAUAAGGAAUUAAAACGCAAGUAUAAAGAAUUAUCCAGGAAGAAUGAGGAGUUGAAUGAACGAUAUGACCGCGCCAUGAGGAAAGCCAAGAAAUGCAGAAGCGAGAGGGACAAUGUUAGUUAUAUAUUGGAACGAAUAGCGGAUUCCUUCGCGGAGCCAGGAUCCAAAAGACUAAAACUUAAUACUUCUGACGCCACCGCCGUUGAUGAUGCUCGCAAUUCCUACAUAAAUAACUCUAAACACGAUUCUCUCGUAAAGAAAGUUAAAAUUGUGAACGAUGUUCAACAAAAAUCCAAGAAAACAUCAUCAGCCAAAAGUAUAAAGCGGAGGCAAGGUCGCUCCAUUGUGAGGAGCAUGAAGGCUCAUCACGUCGACAAGGAUGAGAAUGGUAAUUACAUUCUUCCGGUCGAGUUUAUUGUUCAAGCUGAUGAUGCGCCAGAUCAACCCAUCGUUGCUUCAAGUGCAACUGGCGCUUGGACGCCUGUGAUCAAGCAAGCAAACAGCAUUCGCAAUAGAAAACAUUCGAAUGCCGCUUCUGGUCCAGACUACUUUGGACUAUCGCAGCCAACGAUUCGAAAAAUGAUACAGGAACUGCCAAACUCUGAGAAGUGUGAGAAUUACAUAUUCCAAGAAUUCGAGUUACACAAUCCGAGUAAUAAUGGUCGCGGAAAGCCAAAUCGCAAGAGGGCUUCCAAAAAGUACGACACCAGAGAUUCUUCCCAUGUUUUGAAAGUUCUUAGAUAA